AUGGAUCCAUGUAAACCGCAGGCUUGUGCCAUUCAAGACUGUCUUAAGAAGGCAAACUACGACGAGUCGAAGUGCACUAAGGUUAUAGACCAGCUGUACCUUUGUUGCACCAAAUUUUAUGCUGAGAACGGAGAGGAGGUGAGGUCUCCGUGUUGUCCAACCCCCAAACUGCUGAAAUUUAAAAUAGAGCAGCGGAAGAAGGAAGGUGACUUGGACGCCAGGCUUCUGCGAUGA